AAAUUCGAGGGCUCGCGCUCUGAACGACUCUCGCCGGUUGCACGCCGGACAAACACGAACGCACGCACGCACGAAUCCCGUACAAGCUCCCUCUCCGAGAGACGGAUGCUCGCCGUGAACGAGUGAGUGCCAGAUCGAAUUCGACUUCGCACGUGAGCGACACGCAGCCGCGAGAGAGGCUCGACACGGUUCGCCGUAAAUCCGCCGCGACGCAUUUCGAGGAGAAGACGAGUGUCGGAGGGAGCUCGACUGACGGAGAGAAGGAGGGAAAGGGAGAAAGAGACGAGGAGUCGUGUCGCAGGUCUGCACGAACCCGUUCGUUCGCACUCGAUUGCUUGCGUGCUCUCGCGCGCGCGCGCGCACUCGCUCCUCUCUCUCGCCCCCGCUCGCGUUCGGACGUUCCUCGGACGUUCCCGGUCCCGUCCGCCUAACGACGUACUCACGGUACACGCGUGGCCGCGGUAAUCGCAGCGAAUACGCGACACAGUAACGACUGUCGCGCGCGUAGGUGCUCUCGAUGCGAGCCACGACGGCGCCCAACGACGCGCACGUCCGGAGUGACAGUUCUUUUGUGUUCCCCUGUUGAGGAAAGUCCCCCUUCCCCCCCUCGGCGGCACGAGGAGACCCGCGAAGCGUCUUCGACGACGACCGCCGCGAGGAACGAGAACGAGGGAGGAGACGCGAGGAGGAUCCAAGUAACGUCGGAGCAACGGCUCCACGUACGCAGUGUGUUUUUUGUGCGAAACCGAGGAACAUGUCGACCGCCGUCAUGAGUACCCCGAUGUUCGAGUGCAGCGAACAUAUUUUCAAGAACACAGCCUCGAAGGCGAAAGAACUACCAUCAAACUCGACGACAUCGAACACCGUGAACGGCACUGGUUCCGGCAGCAAUAUCGGCAACGGACAUAUACCCCUAAAGCGCAGCUAUACCUCCCUAAUGACUACGCUUAUCGAGCACCAUCGUAAAUUGGAUCGCAGCGUCAGCGAGCCUACGUCACGCUAUAAGACGGAGCUUUGCCGACCGUAUGAGGAGAACGGCUCAUGCAAGUAUGGCGACAAAUGCCAGUUCGCGCACGGUUACAGCGAGCUGCGCAACCUCGCCCGCCACCCCAAGUACAAGACCGAAUUAUGCCGCACCUUCCACACGAUUGGCUUCUGCCCGUAUGGCCCGCGCUGCCACUUCAUCCACAACUUUGAGGAGGCGCGCAUACACAAUCAAAAAGUGAGCGCUCAGCUGGGCUCAACACAGCCGAACCUGGUCAGCCUGAACCCGCUGAUGAGCGCGGCGGCUGCCGUGGCUGCCACGUCCGGCAAUGCCGCCGCUAAUGUCACGAACAAUGGCGCAGCCAUCAAUCCCGUUAACUUGUUCGAGCAUCUCACAGCGUCGUCGCACGUGGCCGUAGCCGCCGCCGCUGCAGCAACUACUACUUCCGGUCUCAUGAGGACAAACUCGCUGAGCCUCGGCAGCAGCGGCGCGAACGGCUACAGCCAGCCGCCGUUGCUGCGAACAAACUCGUUGAGUCUGGCCACGAGCCAUCAUCAUGCGAUGCAUCAUCAUCAACACCAGCAGCACCAUCACCACCAUCAUCAGAUGAAUGCCGUGAAUUCAGUGAUCGGCGCGACGAAGCCGAAACCGCUCAACCUCAGUCCAACCUUCUCCCUCGGUAGCGCUGCUGACUCGGUCUCGCCGUCCUCUAGCUUGAGCCAGUCGCCGACGAACUCGAUGGCGAGCUUCUUCAGCGACGACUGCAGCCAGCAGACGGCAUCCUGCACGAAUCUACCAACCACGCCGUUCAGUUUCUCACGCCAGGACUUUGGGCUGCUCGCUACGAGACAGAGUCCGAGUCCGCGCAACAACAGUGUGUGCAGUCCGCUUGGCUCUGACGAGGUGACGCCCAGGACACCCUCGCCGUUGUCGCCUAACGCAGAGACCAGACUGCCGGUGUUCAACAGGAUCAGCAGCACCCUGAGCGAUCUUGAGAACCUCAAGAUCUAGAGCAGAGUCCUCGGGUGAACAGCGUGGAAGGGGCCGGGCAAUCGAUGACGACUGAUCCCGUUGCUCCUGGGAUUGGCAGAGAGGCGGGAUAGAAAGAAAGAGUGUAGCGGAAUUGUGGUAGAAGAGCAACAUGAAUCGAGGUGACGAAGAUAGUUUCCGCGCGGCAUUGGAGGUAUAAAAUGCGUCUUCUUUCUCUUUCGCACACGAAGAGUUCGCGUGACUUGGUGUCCCUUUGUCCAUCGGUUUUCUGAAAAAGUGCUGCUUCCGAAGCACACGUCAGGUUUCUCCGCACUCUUUUUGAACGAUUAUCUUUUUUCCCUUUUUUAUAUACUAUUACUAUUAUAAUCAUCAUAUGUAUCAUUUCAUUAUAUAUUAUUAUCAUAUUAUUAUUAUUAUUAUCUUAUAAUAUUUUACUAUUACUGAUAUACUUGUGUCAUCGUUUAUUUUUUUCUUUUCUUGCUCUUCUUUCUCAUAAUCUAUCAUUAGGCGCGAGUUUAGCGAUAAAGUAAGAUCAGCCCGGAAGUCUCAGCUUACUCGUUUGGGACGUUGACAGAAACGAGAGACAAAGUAGCAGGGAUAGGGUUUUCAGGAGGCGACCGAGGAUACCGAUUGCAAGUUUGUUCCAAAACAUUUCUAUCGCGCAAGUCGUUCAUUGAUCUCACUUGGCGGGUCCUCGUUACGUCUCUUCCCUCUGAUUCUCGACUUCCGUCGUCUCUCGUUAUCAGGUCUUCGUGCCGCGAGUUACUUGAUCCGGGGCAGGUGAAAUGUUGCAAUAUCCAAAUAGCACGUACGGUUACGUUUCGUCGAGUUUCUUCUCCGAAGGAGAAAAAGGGUGGGGAAAGUUGUCUCGAGAGUGAAAGGAGAUGCGAGAGUGAACACUUGAAGAGAGUGAGUGAGAGUGAUGAAGAACAAGAGAGAGAGAGAGAGAGAGAAGGAUAAAGCAGAGGGAGUAUGUAUGAGAGACUAUGGCCGGGUGAGACCGAUUAAUGGCACUGCAAGAAUGGCGCCGAUCCGUCCCGAAGAGCGAUUGUCGCGAAAUGAUAUUUUUAAUUCAAGCACGCUUUACCCUUCGAACGACGUAAGUCUCCUCGCUUUCAGUUCAGGGGUACGUGCGGCGAAUGAGUUCGGUGAAGCUUCGUUGACGCGAAUUUACGUUUCUAUUUUUCUGCUUCUCCAUGUUUGCGCGGAUGUUUCGUUACAUUGGAGAGGAUUGUGUGAUGAAGAACAUGUGUGACUAUGUUCUGAAAUGAAGAUGCCGUACCGUCUUUCUGGGCAAACAUCGUUCUCUGAUAAUUUUCAUGUAUGGACCGUAGAGUAGAGACUAGUAGAAUAGUUUUAGGAUUUUUCUUUUUUUUAUUUUAUUCUUCGUGCAAAGAAUCGGGUAAUGUAGAUGGUAGAUGACGUUCGCGGUGGUGUCCGGGAAAUUCGGCGCGUCUUGCAGUGCGUUGACGGUUUGCCCGAAUUUUGCGCGAGUAACAACGAUAAGUGCCUUUUCGUAAAAUUCGAUUGUCUUCCAGUAUAGAUUACACGAUGCGAAUGGCGGGAGAGAAUGGUAGUGUAAUUGGGGAAGACAGAAAGAGGGAAAGAAACACAGUGGAAGAUAGAACCGGCUAGAGAGCAGGGAGGGAAAGUGGUGUGAUUGAGCGUGUGCUUCUCUAUGCUGUUUUCACUGCAAGUCUAAGCGUGUAACUUUUACGCACUUACGUAUGUAGAAUCAUGUAGUCACAUUUUACAUACUAAUAUGUGUUAUUCUGCUAUACGUUUUAUUUGUGUUAUUGUAAAUGUUAAGACUUGAAAGGGUCAAGUGCGUACUUUUAAGACACACUUACAUACUAAAUUACACAUUUAAGAAUUGCAUUUUUCUUUAAUUUCGUACCAUUUGUACACGAAACGUGUUAUUCAAUUAAACUUUAGUUUAAAUGGGUAAAUUUAUUUUUUAUGCGGCGAAGUGUGUAAGUUUUACGCGGAAAGUCAAAUUGUACAUGAAUGUAUACUUGAAUGUAUGAAUGUAAGUUUACACAUAGAAAUGUAUAGUUAUUGCACAUUUGGAUUUGCAGUGUUGCGUCCGACAGCAAUAAGUACGUGAAAUAAUUGAGUAAAGAUAUAUUUUAUGUUAAAGAAUACGCGCACACAUACAUACACAUACACAUAUAUACAUAUACCGAGAUAGGGAAGGUACAGAUUUUCGUGCGAUCGAACUGUUGGGAAUCGUGUCCCGACGAGCGCUCGUCUUACCAAACGAAGAGGAGCGCUUCUCUCUCGUCGCAAGACUCUCAUCGAUUGCCUUUCAUAUUUCUUUUUUUACAUACACAUGUACAUGUUAUAUAUUUAACGAUCGUGUUUAUUGCACCCGUGGUCGUGACGAGGAGAGAGAGAGACUCACUUCGGCGCGAACGAUAAUAAAUGGUGAUGCCGGUCUAUUUCGUGGUACGUAUCGUCCUUUCCCAAUAAAAAAAUGUGAUAACUAUACUACUAAAAAUAUGGGAUCUAUUGCAUAUAGAAAUAUUUACUAUUAAUAAAAAUAUAUACUAUUGCAAUUGCGCAAAUAUGGAAGAGAGAGAGAGAAAGAAAGAACGAGAGAAUAUGCGUGUAUGAAAGGGAACUAGAGAGAGAAAGAGAUAGUCGGAAACUCGCGUGGGUCGAACGAUUCUUCGAAGAGACAUUUGUAACGUUCGUGACGCAAGCCUGUUUGAAAAACGAGCUUGGAAUCGUAGAAAUUACGCUCGUCACUCGCGAUCUUCGAUGGGAGAGCGUCGACCCUCGCGCUAAACAGUGAAUGUGAACUGCGAAUGAAGAGCGAAUAAACUAUUACAAAAAACAUUGCAAGCAUGCCUGUAAGCUGACGUGGUUUUCGAAAAUCGAUAUCAUUUUGUAUAUAAACGCUAAACUCUUAUGCUUAUGCAAGAAAUGUUUAAUUUAUACAUGAAAGUAAAUUUUGUUAUUGUAGAUUUAGUCUAUUAUUAUUAAUAUUAUUAUAUUAAUAUAAUUAUCUUCCAUAGCAUCAUUAAUUAUUAACUAUAUUAUUAUAUUACUAUUAUUAUAUUAUUAUUAUUAUAAUUAUAUUAUUUUUCAAGUAAUAUUACAUUCUCAUAAUCAGCGCUGCCCACUCAUAAACGUUUCGAAAGACACUUCGACCGAUUGCUCCUUGGUUUUCUCUAUAACUACUCUUCUUUUCCCGUACGUAUAAACGCGAGUGCUUCCUAUUUCGCCACAAGUUGCACCCCACGUAAUCGGCGAUGCUCCGAUUGCUAUCACGUUAACAUUAUAUAUUAUUAUUAUUAAUAUUAUUAUUUUUAUUAUUAUUAUUAUUAUCGUCGCUACCUGCGUUGAAUCCCGCCGUAUCAAUCAAUCUGAUCCUCAUCGCCGUCGUCGUAGAAUCGAAAAAGAAGUCCCCCUGCCGCGUGCAGACUAUUUAUAAUCAAUUGUAAAUACGUACUUCACACGUUAUACAUAGAACCUCAAAAUUUAUUAAAUAUAUGCUUUACGCACGUUUUACAUCGCACGGCACGUGUUAUCAACACAAAGAGGAAUUUUAAGUGGGAAGUAUCGGGACUUCUCUCUGAUCGAAAGUUAUCUUAGCAGUUUUGUCUUAUUUUUAAAAUAUAGAUAGGAUAAAAUCACGGCAAGAAACGAAUCGCGAUGCGUGAUGAGAGAAUGAUAGAUGGCUAAGAUAGGGGAUAGACAGAUAGAUGGAUAAGAUGGGGGGCAAAAUUCGUCGUUACUCACCCUUAGAGGAAAAAGAAAAAAAUAAUAAUUGUGCGACAGUCCAACGCCGCGUCCGUCGCGAAAUCGAGAUGUGUGAGGAAACGUGCGCGUCGCCAUUAAAUGUACGGGGACACGUGGAAGCGACGACGGCAUCCCGAUGCUUCUCUUUCCGAAACAGCACAGCGGCUGGACGCGCCGGUUGGGGUCCCAAAAAUGCGCCUUAUCGAACUAAACGAGAAUCAUCCGUUCAAACUUCCCCAUCGUGGACUUAUACGCGUCUUUUGACGUGAGAGUUUUUUUAUAUAUAUAAAUAAAAUUAGAUACACGAGUCCUUAUUUUUGUCUGAUUUUUUUUCUUUUUUAGUCACCGAAUAAAAUGGAAAUGUUUACUUUGUGAGACCGGCAUUUGUCUUUGUCAGCGAGAUGCUGGAAAAAUAUAGUCACUUGAGAGAUAGUUUUGUUUAAUUUAUUUUUUCCGAAUUUUAAAAAAUUCUUUAUUUACUUCGUAAUAUGACGAGAAUAUAUACGUCGCUAUUAUUUUUAAAUUAAAGUUAUUCCUUGAGUUUGAGUAUUUUCUGUUUUAUUCUUGCACACAUUCUUCAAUUAUUAGAAUGACUAACGGAAUGCAAUUAAUUCAAUCGUGUCAGUCCACCCCUCCCGAUAAGUAGGAUUAAUCUCAGUUUAUUUUCAUGAUUCUGAUGACCAUUAGCUCUUUGCGGAUUAGAUUUCCCUUUUAUGUUUCCAAUAAUUUCACAAAGUGUCUCGACAUUCAAUGUCAAUUCUUUGAAAUUGGUUCAAGUACUAUACAUACUAUAACGCGGCAGCAUGUUCACUCGAAUUUCGUCGAGCUGAUGUUUUUUCUAAAAAAGUUGAUUUAUUCAUAUAGUUUGCUCAAGCUCUGACGCAUCGAGGGACUCUAUAUACCGCAAGCCAGCCUCGCGUUUAUCCUCCUGUUAUAGACUUGACCUGCAUAUGCUUGCAUAUCAAAUAUCUACAUUUUCUGCGUAUAAAUAUCUAAUAACAAAAUAAUAUACCUUAUGUGUAUGUCUCUUUUUUAAUUUAAUAUAUUUAUUUUUUCAAUCAAGUAUUUAUAUAUUUAUACAAUAUUUUAUACUGCGUUCUCUUCACAGAUUAGAUACACGCUAUAUAUAAUAACGCGCGUUACGAUGUAAUGUGAAACAGGUCGAUCUCUUGGCUCUCAGAGGAAACCGAUAUCCCGCCUGCACACAUGUACACGUGCGUAUACGCAAAUCUAGUACACACACACGUACACACACGCGCACCCAUGCAAAUACACACACUUGUACAUCCUUUACACACGAAAACGUCUGCGUUCGUUUGUUUCGCGGCCCGUUUCUUCCUUUGUAACGCUUCCGAGUCCCUUUUCCGAUUUCCUUUCGUCGGCCAGCACGCAAUCCGUUUCCCCUGGCCAGGCGGAAGACGGUCGUCUCUCGCCGCGACUCGAUGAGAGAUCGCAGCGAGAGAGUGAGAAAUGAGAGAAGCGAAAGCUCGUUUUGCGUAUACUUAAACGCCUUAAAUGUGAUACUCGGCCGAUUGUCCCCGUUCGCGAAGAGACGGAAGUGCUCUGUCGCGCGCGCAGGUGGUCGGCUGUGAAAGAAAAAAAGUGUCUUCGGUGAUACACGUUAAAUGUAUAUUAUAUAUUUGCGCGACAAUCGAAAUGAGAGAGGAACGAUGGGAGCCAAUUGAUAGGCUGGCGGGAGUCGUUCGAGUUUUGCCCACAACAGGCCGGAGCGCGUCCACCUUCUCCGCGCCCGAACGCGUCACGAUCGCCUUUUUCUUCCUUUUAAAUUUGACUUUUCACUCAAUCAGUCGAAUCGUGCGGGAUACAGAUGAUUUUACACUGUCAUGUUUAAUUGAGUACAAAUUGUCAAUUAUUAACUAUCCACGCUCUCCGCUACCUCCAUCCUUCGUAUCAUUUUGUGAUACGGGAGAGUGAUUUUAGAUUGACGCGUUUUGAAUUUUGACCGGAUCAAGGGCGAUUGGCGAUCGUCGACAGUUCGGUGAGAUGCAAGGGUAAAUUUAUCUCUUUGCAUGGGCAUGCUCGAACGGCUUCGGUCUAAUCCACAGUGGGACCAUAACCAAUGAUAACCGUCAGAUGCGUAUAGGUUUCCGUUGUCAGAGGACUCGCGGGCUUGGAAAAAGAAUUGUAACGGGGAGAGGAGUCGGAUGUAUGACCGUUCGGUCUCGAGGGGAGUUCCCGAAAGGGAGAGAGAGGACGACCGACGUCCUCGCAGGGACGAAUUCUUUGGUUUGGAUUUUUCUUUUUUUUAUUUCUGUUCUCUCUCUUGGUUCUGCCAGCUCGAGACCAGGCACGACCGACCGUUUCCUCUCCCCGAUGAUCUUUUUUUUCUUUCAUUUUGUUACGUAAAGUAACGCACUCGGUAUACGCUGUGUAUACGGAGUCGAAGUCUCAUGUAACACACGAAAACGUAAAACGUAGUUUGAUAAGUAUUGCCAACACUAUCUAUUUAAUACAUUUUAUUAUUACAAAAUAAA